UUGUAUUUUUGAGAAAUUGACAAGUGUGAAGCAAUUGAUUAUUGGUUUGACGCUACACUACAAGUUUAAACACCAACAUGCACUCUUCCAUUCCCCUCCUUUCCAUUACUACUCUGGGAUUCAGAAUCUGAGCUGGAACCGAGGCCUCACAGUUUGAGCUGCUUUGAGACACAAAUUCACAGAGAAGUAAAAAUGGCCCAGAUGGGAACUGACCAUUUUUCAUUCCUAAGGUUGCUUCUUGCAUAUCUCAUCUUCAGUUUCACUGCAUUUUUCUUCCCUGCAAGUUUUGGACAAGCAGCCACAGCUAAGCUUCAGAGCCAGGAAGUGAAUGCAUUGAAAGAGAUAGCAAAGAAGUUGGGGAAGAAAGACUGGGAUUUUGGGAAAGAUCCUUGCACAGGAGAAGGGAAUUGGAGAGUUUUUGUAGAUGGGAUGAAAAGCUUUGAGAGCUCUGUAACUUGUGAUUGCAGCUUCAACAACAAUUCCUCUUGCCACGUAGUCAGCAUAGCUUUGAAGGCACAGAAUUUAACUGGUACACUGCCACCAGAGUUCUCAAAGCUUCAUUACCUCAAAGUAUUAGAUGUGAGUAGAAACCUCCUUACUGGUUCCAUACCUUCUCAAUGGGCAACCAUGCAGUUGGUGGAACUUGGUCUUAUGGGGAACAGAUUGUCGGGUCCAUUUCCAAAAGUUCUCACCAAUAUUACCACCCUCAGAAACUUGAGCAUAGAAGGAAACCUUUUUUCAGGGCCCAUUCCGUUGGAAAUUGGAAAGUUGGUCAAGUUAGAAAAGCUCAUUUUAUCGUCAAAUCUAUUCACCGGAGAAUUGCCACAAGCACUAGCAAAGUUGACCAAUUUGCUUGACAUGAGGAUAACUGACAACAACUUCUCUGGAAAGAUACCUGACUUCAUUGGAAACUGGACUCAGAUUUCAAAAUUGCUAAUUCAAGGUUGCCCUUUUGAGGGUCCUAUACCUUCUAGUAUAUCAGCCCUAACAGGCUUGAUUGAUCUGAGGAUAACCGAUUUAAAAGGUAGAGGGUCUUCUUUCCCACCAUUGAGUGAAAUGGCUUCCUUGAAAACAUUGGUACUGAGGAACUGCUUAAUAUAUGGAGAGAUCCCGCAUUACAUUGGCGAUAUGAAAAGAUUGAAAAACCUUGACCUCAGCUAUAAUGAGUUGACCGGUGCAGUACCAGUAUCGUUUGACAAACUGACAAAAGUUGAUUUCAUAUAUUUAACAGCAAAUAAGCUUACUGGAACUAUACCUGGAUGGGUCUUGAAACGAAUCAAGACAGUGGAUUUUUCUUACAACAACUUCACUUGGGAAAGCUCAAGCUCACUUCCUACUGAAUGUGAUAGAGGGAGUGUAAAUUUAGUAGAGAGCUAUUCCUCAUCAGCUGAUAAUAUAAGUAGAGUCGCAACAUGCUUAAAAAGAAAUUAUCCAUGUUCUGCUUCGGGAGAAAAACAUCAUUCCUUACAUAUUAAUUGUGGUGGAAGGGAGAUAAAUAUUGGUGGGGUUAAGUAUCAAGCUGAUACAGAACAAAAAGGUGCUUCAUUCUAUUACUCGUCUCAGAACCAGAACUGGGCCUUCAGCAGUACAGGGAACUUCAUGGAUAAUGAUGUUGAUGCAGAUAUCUACAUUAAAUCCAAUACAUCUGCACUUUCCAAUGUGCCUGUUAUCGAUUCAGAACUGUACACAACAGCACGCGCAUCUGCCAUAUCUCUGACAUAUUAUGGACUCUGUCUCCUGAAUGGAAAUUAUACUAUCAAACUCCACUUUGCUGAGAUUGUAUUUACUAAUGAUAAAUCAUUUAAUAGUCUUGGAGAGCGUAUGUUCGAUGUGUACAUCCAGGAUAAGCGGGUUCUAAAAGACUUCAAUAUAGAAAAGGAAUCUGGUGGUACUGGUAAGCGCAUUAUAAAGACAUUCACUUCAAUGGUUUCAAGUCAUACACUCAAGAUCCAUUUUUACUGGGCUGGAAAAGGAACUACUGGCAUCCCAGAUAGAGGGUUUUAUGGUCCUCUCAUAUCAGCUAUAUCAGUAAAUCCUAACUUUGAAGUUCCUUCAGAUGAUGGCAAAAAGAAGAAAGCCAUAACAUCAAUUGGAAUAUCAACUGCAGCACUUCUGCUUCUGCUUUUGGUCGCAGGUAUUAUGUGGAGAAAGGGCUACAUAGGAGGAAAGAUCGCUGCAGAUAAAGAGCUCAGAGAAAUGGAUUUGCAAACAGGAUUUUUUACUUUAAAACAGAUAAAAGCUGCGACAAAAAACUUUGAUGCAGCAAACAAACUUGGGGAAGGUGGUUUUGGUUCGGUCUACAAGGGUCUUUUAGCAGAUGGCACAGUAAUUGCAGUGAAGCAGCUCUCCUCAAAAUCAAAGCAAGGAAAUCGAGAAUUUAUAAAUGAGAUAGGCAUGAUUUCUGCCUUGCAACAUCCAAACCUUGUGAAGCUGUAUGGAUGUUGUGUUGAAGGAAACCAGAUGUUGUUAAUUUACGAGUACAUGGAGAAUAACUGUGUAUCACGUGCUCUUUUCGCGAGAGACCCUACUUGCAGAUUGAAAUUGGACUGGCCUACUAGGAAGAACAUUUGCCUAGGUAUUGCUAGAGGUUUGGCCUAUCUACAUGAAGAAUCCAGAAUAAGAAUAGUGCAUCGCGAUAUCAAGACGAGCAAUGUGUUGCUUGAUAAGAAUUUCAAUGCUAAAAUCUCUGAUUUUGGCUUGGCAAAGCUUAAUGAGGAUGGCAACACCCACAUUAGCACUCGGAUUGCUGGAACCAUUGGUUAUAUGGCUCCUGAGUAUGCCAUGCGUGGCUACUUAACCGCAAAAGCAGAUGUUUAUAGCUUUGGAGUUGUGGCACUAGAAAUUGUUAGCGGAAAGAGCAAUACAAACUAUAGGCCAAAGGAGGAAUUCGUCUACCUUCUUGAUUGGGCUUAUGUUCUGCAAGAGAGGGGGAGUCUAUUGGAGUUGGUUGAUCCAGCCUUGGGUUCAGAAUAUUCGUCAGAGGAGACAAUGGUGAUGCUAAAUGUUGCUCUCUUAUGCACCAAUGCCUCUCCAACUCUAAGGCCUAAAAUGUCUCAAGUUGUGAGCAUGCUUGAAGGAAAAACAGAAGUUCAAGACCUUCUUUCUGAUCCUGGCUUUUCAGCAGUUAAUUCCAAGUACAAGGCCAUCAGAAAUCACUUCUGGUUACAUCCAAGCCGUACUCAAACCAUGUCAAUCAAUGGUCCAUGUACCGGUACCUCUGGUUCAUAUAACGAAUCAGAAGAGAGUGGCCAUCUUUAAAGCUUGAGUUCAGUUAAAGCUGAUGAAUACAUUGUGUAGUAUUUAAGAGUUGGGAGCCUUUUGCAUAGCUCUGGUUGUAGCUUAGCCAUAUUCCACCUUUUAACAACCUA